AUGACACCCACUGCAAAUAUGAAUGAAAGUCCCGGAACUACACUCGCGGAGUGUUUAUUCACACGGUCAGCGCUAAAUCACGCCAGGAACUACUGGUUAUGGUACCCAGUCAUGUUUGCAGACGUCCUAUGGUCCAAUGCCAAAGUUAAGCAGGUGCAGUCGCAGUAUAGAAUCCAGAGAGAAAAUGAUAACGGGCGACCUACUGCAGCGCUAAGUGUUCACGGCUAUCGAUCCGCUGUUAAUCUUCUGGUGCCAAAAUGGAAAAGGAGCACGACAUCAGCGAGAUUUGUCGAACGCGCCUCGAAGAGAGCUUCUGCGGGAGGUUCUAAUACCGACGGUUUCUCGCAGAAUGCCGGCAGCGAGCAACACGCGAAUAUCGUCACGACGCCAUUUCCUGAUCGUGAUCCCAGCGAGCUCGCAUACAUAGCACACGGCUUUCGUAUCUGGAGAUCGCCGAGCGCCAACUACCGGGUUGCAUGGCAGGCAUGGCCCCAGUCCGAUCAGAUACUCGAACGUAGACGGGAUCUGCGCUACUGGUCUAGUGAUGGGCCUGAGACUCGAGAUCUUCCUUGCUGA